UGCUUUGCUCUGAGCCUGCUUCUAAAUGGAAAGCUCUGAGUACUGCUAUGUUUACUAUUUAGUCCAAGAUUAUCUGAAAUACAUUCUUCAGGAACCACAGCUUGGACCAGCCCCAAGCAGAGUUGCUCAUGUCUUAAGAAAUGCUGCAUCCUUUCUGCAAAAGGAAAAUGAAGAGAGUCUGAAAUCAUGUUUGGACACACUUGAUAUUACCUCUGUAGAUGCUGCCAAAAGAAUUUUCACUCAAGUCAUGGAUAAAGAAUUUGCUGAUGGAAACACUAACUGGGGACGAAUUUUGACAAUAUUUAUGUUUGGAGGAAUUCUUUCUAAGAGGCUUCAAGAACACAGAGUUCAGCUUACAGGAGAUAAUAAAAAGCAGAUUUCUUAUUUCAUCACAGAGUACAUUAUAAACACCAAGGCUGAGUGGAUAGAGGCAAAUGGAGGUUGGGAAAAUGGCUUCCUAACUAUGUUUGAGGAAAAACGAUCAUGGCUGUCCUUAUUCAACAUUAAAGCAAAAAUCAUGGAUGCUUUUUCCUUCUUCAGUCAGUACUAUUGACCAGAUGGAGAUCAGCCUUCCCCAUGUAAACUGGAUGUUGCCACAAGACACAUUGCAGUGGCUUUCUUCAAGCAAGAGGAAAAUGAAAAAGCCUUCUAGAAUUAAGGACAUGUUUUCUUGCUUACAUUAUAUUUUAAUUUAUAUAUUUACUAGUAAAUGUUUAGGUGCUGGCUUAUUUGACAACAGUAAAGACUGGAGUCCUCCUGCUAUCGAAGAGGUACAGAACUGACUCCCAAUAUGCCUCAACCCUGACCUGGAGAGAACACCUCUAGGAGAGACAGAGAGCAGUUCAGUGUCUAUCUUCUCUGAUGCACCUUCAAAGAUGUGCAUUGUUUCACCUACAAUAAUCCAAUGGGUUAGGAGCAGUAUCAGUUUUAAUUCUGAAUUUUAAAAAUUUUGUGAAUUAAAUUUCUUACUUUAUUGCAUUUUGUUGUUUACUUUAUCAGCAGUAGACUUCUUAAAUAAAGGGGCUAAAACACUCACUCAUGAAAGUACAUGCAAAUUCAUGAGAUGGAUCAAAUGAUCACUUGGGACCAGCCAUUUAAAAUGUGUGUAUAUAUUUACUAAUCAGUACAAUGGCAUCUGUGUAAUAAUUUCUGUUUUUAAAAAGGUUCUUCAUAUGCACGGUGUUCUUUCCACCUGCAAUGACCACUUGAUUUAUUUGUUUAAAGAGAUGCUUUUAAAUGGCCAAGUGAAAAAAGUUUAUUUGAAAUCAAUAAAUUAUUUAUAUCUUCUAUAAUUAAAAUGUGACCAAUAGGUUUUUGGAAA